GGCGGGCAGAUGGCAGUGACAUGCUGCUGAUGAGGAGGAGCCGAUCGUUGCUCCGGAGCUGUGUACAGUUCCUGGUAGUAUCUCAGCCCGCAGCCUCGGUUGGUGGCACGGAUCGGCGUGACGGUGAUCUCGUACACGGCAGGGCCGGCGAUCUGUGCGGUGUGACCCGGAUCGAGCAGCACAGGGCGAUCGGAGCGAUGGCAGAGGAGCAGCGGGUGGAGGAGGCGGAGAGGUGAGCGGGCACAGCAUGGACGGAGGGGUGUAUAGAGCAGAGUGCAGAUUAUAUAAGGCUUCAGACGAAGAUGAAAGGGAUGAAGAAUGUUUAACAUCGAACCAGUACCCAAAAGAGACAGUCCGGAAACGCCAAAACUCAACCCGCAGUUCAAGAAGCAGCGAGUCUUCACGGUCUUCCAGAAAAAGCUUCAGGCUUGAUUUGAGAUUGGAAGAGGAUGUGACCAAGUCUGUGAAGGGCAAUAAUGGGAGAUUUGUCAAUCCUUGGCCUACCUGGAAGACUCCUGCCCUUUACAGUGCUAUGAAAUGGGCUCUAACGGAGAAAGAUAAUAGCAAUGUACCCCAUUCAAAAGAGGAACUUGAUAGGGAACUUCCAAUCAUUGAGCCAUAUUUUGUGCAACAUUCAGAGUCUGCAGGCAAGUUGGAGACUGGGAUACGGAUCACCUGGUUGGGGCAUGCAUCGGUCAUGGUGGAAAUGGAUGACUUGACAUUUCUUACAGAUCCUGUUUUCAGUCAGAGAGCCUCUCCAAUAAGUAUUGCAGGUCCAAAGCGUUUUAGAGGACCACCAUGUACUAUAGAGCAGCUUCCAAAAAUCGAUGCUGUUGUGAUAAGUCACAACCAUUAUGAUCACCUGGAUUACAACACUGUACUGGAGCUGAAUCAGCGGUUUGGUACUGAACUGAGGUGGUUUGUUCCCUUGGGGCUCCUAAGCUGGAUGCAAAGCUGUGGCUGUGAAAAUGUUAUUGAAUUGGACUGGUGGGAGCAAAAUUGUGUUCCUGGACAUGAUGAGGUGACCUUCGUUUUUACCCCCGGCCAGCACUGGUGCAAAAGGACACCAUUUGAUGAUAACAAAGUACUGUGGGGUAGCUGGUCUGUUCUUGGACCCUCAAAUAGGUUCUUUUUUGCUGGCGACACUGGUUAUUGUGCUGCUUUUGAACAGAUUGGGAAAAGAUUUGGGCCCUUUGAUGUAGCAGCAAUUCCCAUUGGAGCCUAUGCGCCAAGAUGGUUCAUGAGGUGUCAACAUGUGGAUCCAGAAGAAGCAGUCAGAAUUCAUGCUGAUGUCCGUGCCAAGAAGUCUGUUGGGAUUCACUGGGGAACAUUUGCACUAGCUAAUGAGCAUUACUUGGAGCCACCGGUGAAACUGAGAGAAGCGUUGGAACGAUACGGACUUACCCAGGAAGAUUUCAUAGUCCUGAACCAUGGAGCCUCCAAACUCUUUAACGUGGGAAUCAAUGGCGACCUGAAGGAUGAAUGUAGCAAAUGAUGACCGCCUGUAGCAGAACCAGCUUCUGGUGUUUUUUUAACUUUACUGACCUGUUCUACUGACUUGCACCAAAGUUUGUGUAAAUUUUGUUUUUUUAUCAGGAAAUCAAUAAUAGGUGUUGCAAAUGUAUAUUACUUGAAUAACACAUUGAAUUGUGUUUUUGGAGAUGACUACAUUUAGAGCCUAGUAAGCUGGUAUCUGCCAAACAUUUUACGUUUGGACACGCACAUUACCAGCAGUGCACAUUGCUUGCAGUUUGAGACGCAUAUAACAUAGAUGGUGCCUUUUUUUCUUUUUUUAGCGAAAAGUAACACUUUGGUUGUUGGGAUGCCUACAUUGCAUGCACUCACACUUUGGCAUGCAAACAAGCUGUAUUUUAUCAUUUCUAUACAACAGCAUACUAUGGUGUAAUGUAAUCCAUAUCUGCUCGUAUUGACUAUACUUUAUAUUUUCCACCUUUGCAUACUCUGAGUCAUGGCUAAGCAAUGAUAUAAACAAUAACCCUACCUUUUCCACACUACCCACUGAAGUGACUUCAUUAAAAUAGAUGAGUAGUGUGGAGACAUGGUGGUAAUGGGAGCAGAGCUAAACAUAUUAGUCACGCUAACA